AUGGAUGUUCCAAGAUCCACCACAACUCACAUCCACUCACCUGCAACUCCGCGCUUGCCGCGUUUUGGGACACGAAACAACGUCAUAGCCGAUGUAGCUGCGGAUGGGCUCAUGGUCGAAUUCGCGCAGAGAGAACCCGAGGAAAAGCGGGGGACCAUCCAGACCACCAUCUACUUGGUGCGCACCUUGGGCAUGGUCUUCGCCGUGGCGCUGGUGGGCAUCGGCAUGAACGGCAAGGAGUACCAAGGAACCUUUGAUUUCUCCUUGACCUACUCUCAGGUGAUGUUGAUCUUCAGCCUCCCUGCAGGGGCCAUGGUCCCGAUCUCGUGGUUCUUAGUGCAAGACUCGCCCAUUCAGCCGGGGGAGCGGAAGUCCUUUAAGAUGUACUGUUCGCAAGCAUGGGCCUUGAUCACCAACAAGGCGAAAGGAGCACGGGGGCAAACCUAG